AUGUGCACCAGAGCAAAGUGUAACAUCAGGAAAGAGACAAAAGUACUUCUCCUUCGGCUCUUUUUAUCGAUAUUCUACAUGCACGGAGGGGGGCUUCUUUUCAUGGCGAUAGAACAGGAACCUGCAAAAAAGGAGAGCGAUAAUAUCCUUAGAAAGGUUGAAAUUUUGAAGAAAAAUGUUACAACUAAAUUCAACAUGACCGAAGGACAGUUUGUAGAACUUGCCACGAUGUUGCAGCUGUUGAAUUGUUCCAGGAUACCACAGUGGAAUUAUGACGAAGCAGUAAGCUUUACAAUGCAACUUCUUACUACGAUCGGUAAGCAUAUGAAUUGAGAAACGAUGAAUCAACUUUGUGUUCUUUGUCUCUGCAGGGAUGCCUUAAUUAAGGUGUUUCUAUACAGUUUUUCAGAGGCCAUACCGAUAUUUUUCAAUCGCCUUAAAAGUGGUUUCUUUCCUUGUCCGAUCGCUAUAAAAUUUUCACCAGUAAUUGGCUAUGGAUUGAAAUUUUUGAAAAUGCAGUUUUAAGUAAAAUCGAUAUUACUAUGACAACAAUAAACAAAAAACUUUUAAAUUGAUCAAAGCCGAAUUUUGUGUGAUCUAGACCUGCUACUGAAAAUCCAACACUAGGAACUUAAAGUUUGAUGUUUAGCAAACAAUCUCCGUAAGAAGUAAAAAAUUCUGUAUGUUUGAAUUCGACUAAAACGUCAAACCUUAAAUUUUCAAUAGUCGUGAUAAAUUAUUUAAUAAAAACGUUAGAAAUGACUCAAACUAUUCUUAAGUAGCGUCAGAAUGCUGCGUAAUACCAUAUUUUGAUGCUAGGAAAUUUUGGUGUACUUUCGUUCUUCCGAUCGUGAAAACUACAACAUUCACUGUUUUGACAUUAUGCUAAUUUUUCCAAAAUAAUGCGCAGUAUACAUACCUCCAUGACUAGUACAUUUUAGUGUGAAUUUAUGGCAUCUUUUGAAUGUAAAACAUUGACAAUAUUCACACUGACAUGUACUAGUCAUGGAUAUAUGUAUUGUCCGCAUUUAUUCGGAAAUAUUAGCAUAACGUCAAAACAGUGAGUGUUAUUACUCAGAUUUUUGACCGGUUCGUAGGAAAGGUUUGUCUUGAAAUUUUAUGGUGUUGCAGUGAAUCAAUCUUAAUGAAAGUUUCAGACACUUUUAUAUACAUUGUCAAGAUUAUGUGAAGAGAUUUAAAAAAAAAAUUCGUUCGAGUCGUUUCGGAGAUAUACAAGAAAGCACUAAAAGUCCAAAUUCUGAAUGAAGUUGCACUUAUACAGGUGGUGAGAAAACAGGUUAGUUUUCAAGAUCGCAAGAACGAAAGUACACCAAAACCUCUUAGCAUCAAAACAUGUCAAAACAUGAUAUUAUGCAGCAUUCUAACGCUACUUAAGAAUAAUAUGAGUCAAUUAUAACGUUUUUAUUAAAUAAUCUAUCACGGCUAUUGAAAAUUUAAGGUUUGAAAUAUAUUUUUGUUUUAGUCGAAUUUAAACAUACAGAAUUUUUUACUUCUUACGGAGAUUGCUUGCUAAACACCAAACUUUAAGUUCCCAUGUUGGAGUCUCAGUAGCAGGUCUAGAUCACACAAAAUGCGGCUUUUAUAAAUUUCAAAGUUUUUUGUUUAAUGUUGUCAUAGUAAUAUCGAUUUUACUUAAAAUUCAAUCCAUAGCCAAUUACUGAUGAAAAUUUUAUGGCGAAGGUGAAAACCACUUUUAAGGCGAUUGAAAAAUAUCGGUAUGGCCUAUGAAAAACUGUAUCAAAACAUCUUCAGCGGUGUUACGUUUUUGAAUUCAGAAACUUUACAGGUGUUGUUUCACCAACAAAGCCUCUUGUUCAAAGCAAAAUACAAAGGUGCCACUAUUCAGCGAUAUAAAACUGUUCUAGUAAGGCCUUAAACUGCUGUUUAAAAAAGUAAAAUCCAAAAUCCAAGCUUUCGCCGAUCACCAGCAUGAUAAGGGAAAAGAGUUUUCUACGUUUAGAGUGCUAACCCCCUUUCUUUUCAAGGUCUCAAUACGUUGUUUGUUCUCCGAAAUUGCCCUUUUCACCAAGUGAUUAACUAAAUCCUGGAAAAAAGUAUUGGAAAGGAGAGGAUAGGGGAGGCAGAACUCCAAGCAGUUUUCGAAAAGGUUGCACUGUUUUAUGAGGGCACCCAGAAAUCGCAGAAAAUUAUGAUUACUGCACUACUGCCGACAGGACUCCUUUCACGUCAUCCUAAAGUAGCACGAGUUUACGACAGUUGUGAAAUCUGUAUUAAUUUUGUCCUAUAGAAUCGUCGUUAUCAGUCUGGGAAGUUUAGGAGGGUCUUGCCAUAAUAAUGAGGAUUUGGCCUAAAAUAGCUAAAGACAUUACAAAUGUACUGACGCUGAAAACGUCUUUUUCGUGACAUAUUUCAAUUUUACUCAUAUCCUUGUCUUAUGUUUAUUCCCAGGGUACGGAAAUAUUUCGCCGCGUACCUUUACAGGGCAAAUGGUCACCAUUGGGUAUGCCCUAUUUGGAAUACCCCUGAUUCUUCUUACUCUUAAAUCAUGUGGUUCAGGUUACAAUAGCCUUCUUAAAUGCCUCCUGACAAAGUUUGAAAAAUGUAUCCGAAAAAAUACCGAGAUAUCACAUUUGGAAUUGAAACUCUUGUUCCUCAACUUCUUCGCCUUAGUCACUGUAAUCUUCAUAGCAGCCACCGUAUCAAUAUACAAGGAUGGGUGGAACAUUUGGCAAGGAAUAUACGUUUGGUUUAUUACGUUUACAACAGUGGGCUUUGGAGAUUUCAUUCCAAAUCACAUGACUACGUCUGAUCAGCCAAACGGUCUUCUUAUAGCUGGAUUGUGUUUCAUGUCGGCGGUUGUUGAUGCUCUGGUGGCGUGGGUUGAAAGACUUAAUCGUUGCCAGCAAAAUUGUUGUCUCUCACAGAAUAAC